AUGACUUCCGUUCGCCUAAGUAGGAGUCCCUUUCAUCGCCUUAGUUACCGGGAAGCGAGAAUGAUGACGUGUAGCACCGGAAGAAGGAGGGACCCUGCGGGGGAGGUUGAAGCUUGCCGGGAAAAGGUUAUCAGCGCGGGAAGGGGCGGGGCGAAGGGAGUGAGGCGGUCUGCGCUAGAUGAGGGAGUUCGGCAGAUUCGGCUACUGGGCGAAACCGGACCCUCUGCGCUCAUGGCUCCCCCAAGCAAGGCAGUUAUUGUUCCCGGGAACGGAGGCGGCGAUGUGGCCACCCACGGCUGGUACGGCUGGGUGAAGAAGGGGCUGCAGCAGAUACCUGGUUUCCAGUGUUUGGCUAAAAACAUGCCUGACCCAAUUACGGCUCGAGAGAGCAUCUGGCUGCCCUUCAUGGAGGCGGAGCUGCACUGUGAUGAGAAGACCAUCAUCAUAGGACACAGUUCUGGGGCCAUUGCAGCCAUGAGGUAUGCAGAAACACACCGAGUAUAUGCUAUUGUGUUAGUGUCUGCAUACACCUCCGACUUGGGGGAUGAAAAUGAGCGGGCCAGUGGAUACUUCAACCGUCCCUGGCAGUGGGAGAAGAUCAAAGCCAACUGCCCUCACAUUGUACAGUUUGGCUCCACUGAUGAUCCUUUCCUUCCCUGGAAGGAACAACAGGAAGUGGCUGAUAGGCUGGAAGCCAAAUUGUACAAAUUCACUGACCGUGGCCACUUUCAGAAUAUGGAGUUUCAUGAACUGAUUAGUGUGGUAAAGUCUAUGCUGGUUUCAGCAUAGACAGGAUGGUUUCUGCUAUUUUGCAUUCCAGUAUACGGACAGAGCAAUUAUCAGGUUAUUAAUAGAUAAAAAUCAUCUGUGACCAGAUGAUUAGUGGACACAUAAAUCAAAUUAAGUUCUAAAAAAACCACAAGUUCAAUGUUCAAAAUAAGUUAGAAACAGCAUUUCCAUUUUCCAUAGGAUCUGUAUCUCACAAACUGCUAUGAACUGAAGCAGUGUUUUUCCCAUUUGAUUUGGGACAUAAGGACAGUUUAUCUACCUUUAUCUGUCCAAAGUGAAUAAGCAGAAGUGGAAUCCAGGUUUCCGGAUUCCCAGUCCAGAUUAAAACGAACUACUUCUGUGUAUGUUGUAGGAGUGGUACUCCUCUUUGGAAUGAACCUUUUGUUAUUUUGGGAGGAAAGAAAACCUGACUAAAGGUCCAGAGUGCUGGCUUAGAGCUCAAACCACUAGCUAUUUUGGGCUGGCCCAGGACAUUAAACCCAGACCAGGGCCUCCCAUCUUUAUGACACCCUGCCCCGGUCCUUCAUGCUGAGGAAGAAUGACCCAUACGUAACUAAGAGUCGGGUCUGCCAGGUCAGACAGUGACCAUAAGCCCAACCUGGACAUACACAUGAGCACAGCCAAUCAGAUCUGUGCUAGACUAGAGUGGUAGUGAUUAGGGCAACAUGGGGAACUCAUGCCUUGUCUACAUUGUUGCCAUGUGGGAAGGGUGAAGGGUAUUGCCAAUUUUCUGAUUUUUCAAGGAAAAAACUCAAUUCAGUGGUUUUUAUAUUUAGGGACUAUAUAUAUGUUUGUAUACACAGUUCAUAUGUAUAUGAGUUACAUUCAGUACACGUACAUAUGGAUGAUGUAAUUUGGCAGUGACAGCAUCAAUAAAAAUUUUACAGACACUGCAAGACACACAAAGUCCAAGUCACCCAUUUGUGACCUCUGCCAUUGGGACUGACUUAGCCAGGUGCUUUAAAUGAUUCUUUGUGAAGCAUAAGAAAUGAACAUAAUGUCAAAGGAUGCAAUCAUGGGAAUAAUUUGGAUUUUGUUACAAAAUCUUAACUAUUUUUUAAAAGAAUCUUUCCAUACCUCAAAUUUUGUUCUGUAAAGAAUUCUACCUUUUAACUUCCAUGGUCCUUUGGCUCUCAUUUAAGCCUUAUUCCAUGAUUUCUUUUUUUUUUUCUGAUCAUAUUCCCUCAAAAAAAAAAUGCUUUUUAUUUUCCAACAUUUUUUGGCUAUUAUGAUCCCUAAGUCUUGCCUCAAACUAGCAGUGACUUCAUACUUGAUGUUGCACAACCUGAUGUUUGCUGCAAAGAUGUGAAUUCCCUGUUUAUGUCUAAAGGAGAUUCAAAGCCAUCAUUUUAACCUGAAUUUGGUUUCUAAAUGUGAUCAAAGAAAAAAAAGACUCUCAUCAUUUAAUGGCAAUUAUCUUUGGGGAAUGGGAAUUUUAGAUAUGGUGUGGUGGGAGUCUCCUUUUUAUUUACCUGGGUAUUUGAGUUUAUUAUAGUGAACAUGUAUUACUUUUAUAAUUAAAAAAAUUAAGAAUUAAAACAACUCAUUUGACAUGUUAGUGAAAAGCAAAUUCAAUAAAUCAAUUGAAUAAUAAUUUUCUUAAAGAGGUUGUUUAGCAAUAAUUUGAUCAAGCCUAUAACCAAAAUCUGAUUCUAUUUGGAUUAUUUAGAAUUAGUCAUUGCUUUACUUACUCUCAGUCUUGUUUUCUGAAGUCCUUUGUCAAAAAAUUACAAACUGGGGCACCUGGGUGGCUCAAUGGGUUAAAGCCUCUGCCUUUGG